AUGUCUGACGACGAAGAUUUUGAUAUUGCUGGAAGUCUCGGUUUAAACCAAGAAGAGGAAGAGGAUUACUCUUCUUCUGAUAAUGAGUCCGAACAAGAAAUCCAAGAUGAAAUUAUUUCUAGUGAUGAAGAAGAGCAAGCUGAUGAACCACCUAAAAAGAAAACCAAACCCACUAAGAAACAAGAAUCUUUCCCAUCCCUUGAAUUAUCUGAUAAUGAACAAGACAGAGAAGAUGCAGAUGAUGACUCCCAAUUAAAUUCAUAUUUCAUUGCCAAUAAUCCUGCCACUAAAAAGGCUAAAGCUGGUUCAUUUGCUUCGUUUGGUCUUUCAAAAUUCUUAUUAACCAAUAUUGCCAAGAAGGGAUUCAGACAACCUACUCCGAUUCAAAGAAAGACUAUUCCUUUAGUUAUGGAAAACCGUGAUGUUGUCGGUAUGGCUCGUACCGGGUCAGGUAAAACUGCGGCAUUUGUUUUGCCAUUAAUUGAAAAAUUAAAAGUGAGAUCUGCUAGUGGUGUAAGAGCAAUUAUCUUAUCACCAUCCAGAGAAUUAGCAUUGCAAACUUAUAAACAAGUUAAGGAGUUUGGUCAUGGUACUAAUUUACAAACAACCGUGUUAAUUGGUGGUGACACUUUGGAAGAAGAUUUCUCAAAGAUGGUUUCCAAACCAGAUAUUAUUGUCUGUACUCCAGGUAGAUUCUUGCAUUUGAAAGUGGAAAUGGAUUAUGAUUUACUGACUAUUCAAUAUAUUGUGUUCGAUGAAGCUGAUAGAUUAUUUGAAAUGGGAUUUGCUAUCCAAUUAAACGAAUUAUUAGCUUCUUUACCGCCCAAUAGACAAUCCCUUUUGUUUUCUGCAACAUUACCUAGAUCUUUGGUUGAUUUUGCCAAGGCCGGAUUGACCAAUCCUGUUUUGGUUAGAUUGGAUGCAGAAACCAAGAUUUCUGAUCAAUUGCAAAUGGCAUAUUUCACCACCAAGAAGAAUGAAAGAGAAGCUAAUUUGUUAUAUAUUUUACAAGAAGUUAUCAAAUUACCUUUAGGUAGUCCUGAGCAAAUAAAGAAGUUGAAAGAUAUGGACAAAAGACAAGUUGAAUCUGACGAAGAAAAUGAAGAAGACGGAAAGAAGAAAAAAUACAAGUUCAAGAAGGAAAGAAUGCCAGCUGCCAAUCAAUUACCUUCAGAAUUCUCCACCAUUGUAUUCGUUCCUACCAAGCAUCAUGUUGAAUAUGUCACAAGAAUGUUGAGAGAUGCAGGAUACUUGGUAUCUUAUAUUUAUGGUACUUUGGAUCAACAUGCUCGUAAGAACCAAUUAUACCAAUUUAGAAUUGGGUUAACUCACAUUAUGGUAGUCACUGAUGUUGCUGCUAGAGGUAUCGAUAUCCCUGUUUUGGCCAACGUUAUUAAUUUCACCUUGCCCGGAUCUUCCAAAAUUUUCAUUCAUAGAGUUGGUAGAACUGCUAGAGCAGGUAAUAAAGGUUGGGCAUAUUCCAUUGUCAAUGAAAAAGAAUUACCUUAUCUUUUGGAUUUGGAAUUGUUCUUGGGGAAGAAGAUCUUGUUAACUUCCAUGCAUGAAACUAAAUGUGAAGUGUUGAAGAGGAAACAAGGUGAUGCAUACGUGCCGCCCAAGGUCAACUAUACUGAAAGAUUAGUUCUUGGAUCAAUUCCCAGAUUGGAUUUAGAAGGCUGUCAAGAAUUGUAUGAGAACUUACUCAGAAAUGAUUAUGAAUUAAAAGUGUUGAGAGACGUUGCAGCCAAGGGUGAAAAGUUAUACCACAGAACAAGACAAGCCGCAUCUCCAGAAUCUCUUAAGCGAAGUAAAGAAAUCAUGGAAACUGGGUCCUGGGAUGAGCAACACGUCUUAUUUGGACCUAAUUUGGAAAAGCAAAAACAAGACUUCUUGGCAAAAUUACAAAAUAGAAAUGUCAAAGAAACUGUGUUUGAAUUUAACAAGAAAGGUAAUGAUAAGGAUGAAAAUAGUCUUGUGGAAUUCAUGCAUAGAAGAAGACGUCAAAUUGCUCCUAUCCAACGUAGAGCUAAAGAGCGUCGUGAAUUGUUACAAAAAGAAAGAAAUGCUGGAUUGACGCAUGGUAUUGAAGAUGAAAUCUUGCACGAAGAAGGUGAAACUGGAUAUAAUGCCGAUGAACAAGAAUUGGAACAAGUGUUUGAAGAUGCUGAUAAGAUAAGUUCCAAGAAGAAGACAUACAGAGAUCCUAACUUCUUCCUCAGUCAUUAUGCACCAGCUUCAGUUAUUCAAGACCAACAAUUAUCUAUCUCAUCAUCAUUUGCUAAUGAUGCCCAAGCUGCUACUUUCGACUUGGAUAACGAUGACAAGAUACAGAAGAACAAGCAAACAAUGGCUUGGGAUAAGAAGAAGGGUAAGUAUGUCAAUUCCAAAUCCACGGAUGUUAAAUAUAUCAUUGGAGAAAGUGGUCAAAAGAUCCCUGCAACUUUCAGAUCCGGUAAAUUCGACGAAUGGAAGAAAAAGAGAGGUGCUAAUCUUACAACUGAAUCCACGGGUGAAAGUGAUAAUAAGCGUUUCAAGCACAAGAAGGUACAAACACCUAAAUUACCUGAUAAGUUUAGAGAUGAUUAUCACAAACAAAAGAAGAAGGUUGAAAAGGCUGUUGAAGGUGGUAUGAAGGUCAGAGGUUAUAAUAAACCAGGACAUCAACAAGAAAUCAAAUCUACUGAACAAAUUAGAAAGGCUAGAAUGGUUAAAGAACAAAGAAGAGCAAAGAAUGCUCGUCCAAGUAGGAGAAAGUAA